AGCCCAAAUAUCAUCAUUCUAGUGAGAAUCAACAUCGUCAAAAAGAAUUUUUGAAAAGUUGGGAAAAGUGGGAUUGGACGAAAGCACUAUCAUAAACCUAAUACAAGCUUUAUUAUGUAACAUAUCUAUUGUCGAUCGUUAAGGAAUAAAGUUAUCGAUGACACAUUCUGUGCUCCCUGUAUUGCAAAUUAAAUCCUUGUAAUGACAUAGAGCCUGGUGCUAGGUAUUAAUAAUAAUGAAGUAAACACAUCCGAGUCGGAACAAUUGUUCGUCAAAGUCAAAUCUGACACAUUUCGUGUUUCGCAAUGGCAUAUAAAAAAAAAAGAAUAAACUGAUCUCAGAUAAAACAAUUCAUCAUUUUUCCUUAAUUUUCUUUCAAACAUCAUGGCCAAAACUUAUAUCGUCACUGGCGCUUCUCGCGGUCUCGGCUUAGAAUUCGUGAAGCAACUUCUCAAAAGAGGUGAUAUUGUUUUCGCUGCUGCCCGUAACCCCGAUAGUUCAAAGGGUCUUCAAGCUUUAUCUGGCAAUGAGAAGCUUCAUCUUGUUCAAUUAGAUGCUCUUUCUGAAGAGUCUAUCAAGGCUGCUGCUGCUGAGAUUGAGAAAAAGGCUCCUGAAGGUGUUGAUGUGUUGAUCAAUAAUGCUGGUAUCUGUGGUGAGAUGGGUCUUGACUUCGAGCAAACAUCCAAGAAUGAAUUAGUGAAGGUUUUUGAAACUAAUGUUGCUGCUGUCAAUGAAGUUUCUAAGGCUUUUGUUCCCAUCCUUCGCAAGCGUGGUGCCGGUUGUGUCAAGAAAAUUCUCAAUAUGUCCUCUCUAUUAGGUUCAAUAAGUUCCAUGGAAGAUGCUACUGGCUAUGGCUUUGGUGUUGCUUAUUGUGUUUCUAAAGCCGGCACCAACAUGCUUACUCGCGCCAUGUCUAGCAAGCUUGGUAAAGAAAAUUUCAUUGUUUACUCCUCCCAUCCUGGUUGGGUACAAACUGAUAUGGGUGGUGGUGAAGCUCCCGUUACUACCGAAGCAUCUAUUAGUGGUAUGUUAGCCAGAUUAGAUAGCAUAACUGCUGAAGACAAUGGCAAAUUCUUCGAUUUUGAAAGCAAGACGAUUGGAUGGUAGAAAAUUUUGGCAUGUUAUUUCAGUCUUUAUGUACGACCUCAAAAGUUAAUAAAGCUUUGGAGCGGUUAUACCUUUUUAUGCACG